AUGGUACAAAGAAUGUUGAUGUACAGUGCCAUUAGUAAAGCCCUUCCUAAUACUAGUGAUAGGGGCAUUGCUGAAAUGAUUACGGUUGUUACUCAAGAAGGUUUAGCUUUAUUUAAUGAGAUUAAGUUAAACCAACAGGUUAAGAAGUAUCGUCUUACUGAGAGACAACAGCUCAAAGAAUUUUGUGAGCAAUUUGCCAUAGAUAUCCCUAAAACCUCAAGAGAAUCUCAUAAACAUAAGAAAAAGUUCUCUGAGGAGAGAAAGUCUAAAAAAAUUAAGAACAAAGGAAAAAGAAAUGAGGAUUACAAAUCCAAGAAGGCUUAUAGAAAAGCCAAGAAAACCAACACUUGUUACCGAUGUGGUAGAUUUGGUCACUUUGCAAAAGAUUGCAAAGUAAAAAGUAAAAUCAAAAGUCUCACUAUUGAUGAUGAUAUUAAAGACUCUUUGUGUAAGAUUUUGCUCAAUUCCUCUCCAAAAAACUCCAGUCCAGAUCAUAGUGAUAAUGAGGAAAAUGAUUUAACCGAUGAAGACCUACGAGUUCUCCAACAAGAAGACUAUAUGUCUUCUGAUAAUGAGUGCAUACCUUGCCAAGAAGGACAACCUUGUACUAAAAAGGAGAAGGAGGAUGUUUUAUACAACAUCAUAUCUUAA